AUUUGAACAAUUGUCUUCUGUCGUUUCAGAUGGUAGUGAAAGUGCCAGCCAGGCCAAUACCAUAGAGAUGUACGCCCCCUCAGACCGCCCCCUCUACCAGAACUUCCAGAAGGACAACUACAGCCAGGGGAGCCUGGACAAAAGCAUGGAAGACUUUGCCACUGACAGCUAUAGGAGCUUUGAUCCACCUGUCUACUCUGGCCGCUCCCUGGACCGCGAUGCCCGCUACGCCCCGCUGCGACAGACACACUCCCCCGCCAUGGACAAGCAAAGGAACUAUACCCUCCCAGCUGGACACAGUGGACACGGCGGUCAACACAUGUAUCUAGACGACUACCCCAGGACUGAUGAAGUUCCCUAUCAUGGCGGAUCAUUGCCCAGGCUGCGCCCCCAGGAGGACGAGUAUGCCCACCAGUUGAGGAAGAACCAAAUGCAGAAAGGUUUAAACAGCAUGGGCGAACAGGGCCAAGGCAGGAACAGGGAGGGCUUGGUAAGAAAGGAAAAAUUUGUUUUCUGAUAUUGGUGAAAAUGACUGAAUAAAUGUGUUACCAACAUUUUGAAAUGUUCAAAAGAAAAAUAUAUGAGAAGUGAAUAGAUGAAUUUGUAACAACAAUCUCUCUC